AUGGAAUUACCUAAAGGAUUCAAGAUGAAGGAGGAAAACAUGGCCUGCAAGUUAGUUAAAUCUCUUUAUGGUCUUAAACAAGCAUCUAGGCAAUGGAAUGCAAAAUUGACUAAUGCUUUGUGCAGUUCAGGGUAUAUACAAAGUCACUUGGAUUAUUCUUUAUUCACCAAGAGAAGAGAUGAUAGAAUUGUCAUUGUUUUGGUUUAUGUAGAUGACAUUUUGGUAACAGGAAAUGAUGCCAAUUUGAUAGAAGAAACCAAACAUGUGUUGCAUAGUUAUUUCAAGAUUAAAGACUUAGGAGAAUUGAAAUAUUUUUUGGGAAUUGAAUUCUUGAGAUCCAACAAAGGAAUAGUUAUGAAUCAGAGGAAGUAUGCUCUAGAAAUGAUUUCUGAAGUUGGGUUAGCUGCUGCAAAACCAGUAAUGACACCAAUGGAAUGCAACAUGAAGUUAACUAGUGUGGAAUUUGAUGAAGGCAGUGUCACUACUGAUGACUUAUUUCCAGAUGUUAACAAAUACCAAAGGCUUGUUGGGAAGCUGUUGUACUUAACUAAUACAAGGCCAGAUAUAUCAUUUGCAGUACAAUCUUUGAGUCAGUUUAUGCAGAAGCCAAAAAGGUCACAUUGGGAGGCAGCAUUGAGGGUAAUUAGAUACAUCAAAGUUGAACCAGGAAAAGGGUUGCUGAUGAGUGCAGAUACAAAACCUCAACUUACAGGAUUUUGUGAUGCAGAUUGGGCUGCAUGUCCAAAUACUAGAAGGUCUGUGACUGGUUUUGUAUUGAAGUUUGGUGAUUCCUUAAUAUCUUGGAAGUCAAAAAAGCAAAACACAGUGUCUAGAAGUUCUGCUGAAGCAGAAUAUAGAAGUUUGGCUACCUUAACUGCUGAGAUCGUUUGGAUAACAAUUUGUUUCAUGAAUUGGAAGUAA